CCAAACCUACCCACCGUAUUUGUAAACCCGAUUCUCUGUAUUUUGCUCCCGUCUCCGACGAGAGAGGCGGCGACGGUGGCGUCUGCGACGGGAGACAGCGCGUCGGAGCGAGAGAGCGCUGCGCCUGCCGCCGCCCCAACAGCGGAGGCGCCGCCGCCAUCGGUCGUCACUAGACCGGAGCCGCAGGCCCUCCCGAGCCCGGCCAUCCGUGCCCCGCUCCCAGAUCUCUAUCCAUUUGGGACCAUGCGCGGAGGCGGCUUUGGGGACCGGGACCGGGACCGGGACCGUGGAGGUUUCGGAGCAAGAGGUGGUGGUGGCCUUCCCCAAAAAUUUGGUAACCCUGGGGAGCGUUUACGUAAGAAGAAGUGGGAUUUGAGUGAGCUCCCCAAGUUUGAGAAGAAUUUUUAUGUGGAACAUCCAGAAGUGGCAAGGCUGACUCCAUAUGAGGUUGAUGAGCUACGCCGAAAGAAAGAGAUAACAGUGAGAGGGGGAGAUGUUUGUCCUAAACCUGUCUUUGCCUUCCAUCAUGCUAACUUCCCACAGUACGUAAUGGAUGUGUUGAUGGAUCAGCACUUUACAGAACCAACUCCGAUUCAGUGCCAGGGAUUUCCGUUGGCCCUUAGUGGUCGGGAUAUGGUGGGCAUUGCUCAGACUGGCUCUGGGAAGACAUUGGCGUAUUUGCUGCCUGCGAUUGUUCAUAUUAACCACCAGCCAUACUUGGAAAGGGGAGAUGGCCCAAUUUGUCUAGUGCUGGCUCCUACCAGAGAGCUUGCUCAGCAAGUACAACAGGUGGCUGAUGACUAUGGCAAGUGUUCUAGAUUGAAGAGUACCUGCAUUUAUGGAGGUGCUCCUAAAGGUCCUCAGAUUCGAGACUUGGAAAGAGGUGUUGAGAUCUGCAUAGCUACUCCUGGACGCCUGAUAGAUUUCCUGGAGUCGGGAAAAACAAACCUUCGCCGAUGUACUUACCUUGUGCUGGAUGAGGCUGACAGGAUGCUUGAUAUGGGCUUUGAACCCCAAAUCCGUAAAAUUGUUGACCAAAUCAGGCCUGAUCGGCAGACACUGAUGUGGAGUGCAACCUGGCCAAAGGAAGUGAGACAACUUGCAGAGGAUUUCCUUCGUGAUUACACCCAGAUCAAUGUGGGCAAUCUGGAGUUAAGUGCCAACCACAACAUACUUCAGAUUGUGGAUGUCUGCAUGGAAAGUGAAAAAGACCACAAGUUAAUCCAGCUGAUGGAGGAAAUAAUGGCUGAAAAGGAAAAUAAAACGAUAAUAUUUGUAGAGACAAAAAGACGCUGUGAUGACCUCACACGAAGGAUGCGCAGAGAUGGUUGGCCAGCUAUGUGUAUCCAUGGAGACAAGAGUCAACCAGAAAGAGAUUGGGUACUUAAUGAGUUCCGAUCUGGAAAGGCUCCCAUCCUCAUUGCCACGGAUGUAGCCUCCCGUGGGCUAGAUGUGGAAGAUGUCAAGUUUGUGAUCAACUAUGACUAUCCAAACAGCUCAGAGGAUUAUGUGCACCGUAUUGGCCGAACAGCCCGGAGCACCAACAAGGGCACUGCCUAUACUUUCUUCACCCCAGGGAACCUAAAGCAGGCCAGAGAGCUGAUAAAAGUGCUAGAAGAGGCCAACCAGGCCAUCAAUCCAAAGCUGAUGCAGCUGGUGGACCACAGAGGCGGCGGCGGUGGAGGGGGUAAGGGAGGUCGUUCAAGAUACCGGACUACUUCUUCAGCCAACAAUCCCAAUCUGAUGUAUCAGGAUGAGUGUGACCGGAGGCUUCGAGGAGUCAAGGAUGGUGGACGGAGAGACUCUACAAGCUAUCGGGAUCGUAGUGAAACCGAUAGAGCCAGUUAUGCUAAUGGCAGUGGCUAUGGAAGUCCAAAUUCUGCCUUUGGAGCACAAGCAGGCCAAUACACCUAUGCUCAAGGCACCUAUGGGGCAGCUGCUUAUGGCACCAGUGGCUAUACAGCCCAGGAGUAUGGCGCUGGCACUUACGGAGCCAGUAGCACCACCUCAACUGGGAGAAGUUCACAGAGCUCUAGCCAGCAGUUUAGUGGUAUAGGCCGGUCUGGGCAGCAGCCACAGCCACUGAUGUCACAACAGUUUGCACAGCCUCCAGGAGCUACCAACAUGAUAGGUUACAUGGGGCAGACAGCCUACCAGUACCCUCCUCCUCCUCCCCCACCUCCUCCUUCACGUAAAUGAAACCACUCCGUGCGAAUGACUCGCACAGACUAAUAACAUCUAAAAGAACACUGUCUCUUCCCUGUUCUUUUUCUUUCUCUUUUUCUUCCCCCGCCCCAAACCAUUGUGAUUGUCUUUUCAUGCAGAUUAGUUAGAAUUCACUGCCAGGUUUCUUCUGCCCGCCAAAAUGAUCCAGUCUAUAAUAACAGAUUUUGUAAAAAUAUAUAUAUAUGUAGCUGACUGGAAGAGAUUAAUUUCUCCCAACUUAUUGCAUGUUGAGGAUACGGAGCUAUUUUUCAUCUUAAAAGAAAAAGUAAGGUAUUACACCCUUUUGUGGGAGCCAGUGUUUUAUUGCCGAGUUGGGCUGGAGGGUGGAAAGGAGGGAGGCGGGGCAGACAUGUUCUGCAGAAGAUGGCAUCUGUGCUUCAGAUUGCUCUGGUUACUAAGUUAGAGAACCAAGAGGGAUUUCCCUACACAUUUUCCAUAAUGGGCUUCAAUAUUACUCAAGUUGGAUCAGGGUUCCUCAGGCCUGAUGAGUUUUUAAGACAAUGCCUUGUCAUUGUCAUUUUGGCUGAUGACUUAAGUGCAUUUAACAGCUAAAAAUUAUUAGUUGGGUUUUGUCUCCCUUAUACUCUGCCUUCCCUCUCUCCCCUCCCAGUUACAGAAAAAUAGCCAAUUUAGUGUCAGGUUAAAUAAUGAAUUUUAAGUGUAUCUUUUAAAUUAAAACAAGCUUUUAUCCUAUGGGUUGAACUGUAGUAUCUCAGCACCUGGUGGAAGCUACCUGGGUUUCUUCCCCACAUAACUAGGGACCAUCUGUAAAAUUCAUUUUGUAGCCAGACGGCUGCUGUGAGCAAAUGAACAUAAAUGCUCACUGCAAAUUUAUGAAGCAGUUGGAUCUAUGCAUCUGCAGUGUAAAAGCACCUUUAGUUAUGAACAAGGUACUUAAAAUGGGCAGAUUUUCCUCUUAAAUUCAGUAUUUAUAGAGCUAGAAUAAGAGCAGCUCUUUGCCAGCUACUGUCCAUUUUGCCAAGUUAUCUUGAGCAAGACUUUAGCCCACUAGUGUUUUACACACUAUUCUACAGUGAUGAGUAACAGCUGAAUGCACUUUGUCAUUGGCAUGUCUGCACUCAGCUUUUCACAGGUAGGUAGUGCCUAGGCAGCUAAAGUCCAAGUCCGUUUUACUUUUAUAUGAAGGAAGGUGAGUUCGUCCCCUUUCUAAUAGUACUGUCUUAACGAGACUCCAGCAGCAGAUGAACCUGGAAAGAAUGUUCUGCUCUUGUGUUCACCCUGACAGGACAGGGUGUAAGACAGCUUCAGAAACCUGUUCCAAGUCCAGUGUGGUAGGGCUGUUUACCUUUUAUGCUAUAUCCUGUAUUGUUGGUUCACAGUGCAGAUAAGGGGGAAGGCUCCACUGCAUUCUUUGUGUACGGUUUUGAGAGUGCUUACUGGUUUGUAAGAUAUAACUAUCAAGAUACUUGAGGUUUUUUUGUUCUUUUUUGUUUUGUUUUCCCUUUAAAAUCCUUCAGGGAGAGAAAAGGGAUGGUUUCCGAGGGUUUCUGAAAGUAUGAUUCAAUAUGCAGCAUACAGGUAGGUUGUCAGCAUAAGCUGAAAUUAUGCAUGUAAAAACUUUUAACAUCCUUUUUGUUGUUUUCUGCUUUCUUCCUUUUCUUUUCGUUUCCCAUCACAGAAGAUGAGGCCAAGGGAGAAUGGUAGGCACAGAAGAAAUGUGGCAAAACUGCUCUGUGCUUUCAUACCAAAGUGGUGUGUCUCCCUCCCCCUACCCCCGCGCCCCAAAAAAAAAAGUCUAAGCAUUGACCACUCUGUGGACGUACACAACCAAAUUCAGACUUUUUUUUUUUCUUCAAGCACACAGAGAUUCCACCAUAGGAGGAUGUCAUUUUCUACUGCAGCUUUUAAAAGCAUCUGUUUCUGGGGCAGGUCUAUGGCUUUGCAAGCAAUGUAGGAUUGCUUGCUUUCCCCUUUCCACUGGGGACAUUAUAAUCUAAAAGCAAAGUAACAAAUUUUCAAUUUCAAGAAUUCUGGCCUGAGCACAGCUGAAAUCUAAUCACGUUUUCACUGUUAAGCUCCAGGGUGACUUCCACUUCAUGUCUAUCAUCAUUUGGGUUCUGCUUUUCAGAACAGGAGAAGACAAAUUCUGCUUUGCUGGUUAUUGUGUUUAUGAUUGAAACUCAUUAGAGAAAGGGCUUCAGUAUUAAGCCAUGGGCUGUUUCUCCCCAUGCCUCCUUAACAAUCCAUUGUGUGGACUUCUCUCAUCUAAAAGGUUGGUGGCUUUGCUUGGGAUCAGUGCUCUUUUCUUAUAUCCUUGCUGGUCUCUGAACACAUUCCUGUUGCAUUAAGACUUGAAGAUUUGGAGAUGUGUGCUGUUAAGGCACGGGAUGCUAAGAGCUAUGUUACUAUUCUUAGUUUGUAAAUUGUCCUUUUGAUACCAUCUUGUUUUCUUUUGUAGGUAUAAAUAAAAACACUUGACAAUAAG